AUGGAAGUUGUGCGGCUGGCGUCGGCAUCUCUUGUGAACCUCUCUCCAGGACGUAUGUGGCAACGGUGGCGCGCAAAGCACCUUCAGAUCCACGAUUUGCGGGAAUGCAUAGGUGGAGAGCCAUCUGUGCACUGGAAGGUCGAGAAUAUGUGCCGCUUAUGGAAGAUGCAGCGCGUUGCAAAGAAGCCCACGGGAAAGCGGUUGCGCAGCGUUGGAUGGAUUGCAGAGCUAGGGCCUACUGAGCGCAUAGUCGUUGGAGCUAUGUAG